AUGGGCGUGGGAAAAUCUGUGAGAAAUGUUUUGGGACAGUUGAAAAACAGCGGGAAUUUGAUUGGCUCAUUUCCCUCGGAGUCGAACGGGCUCAGGAACGCCGCGCGACCUGCUGCCGCGGAAUAUAUGGUGACAGAAAACUAUCACAGACCGCAUCUUUUAGAGUUCCGGUCGUACAAUCCAACUUUGACCAGGUCAGACUUUAUAGGGCUUCUUCCGCAGAGCAAAUUCCGGGUCGCUGGCAAAACAGAUGAAAGUGAUGUCAAUUUUGACGUUCUGAAAGUACGAGACCCCAAGUAUUUUCAAUUCAAAGACAAAUACCAGCUCAUUUUCCCAGAUCAGAAAAACAUGAAGAAGUUUGCGCGGAGUGUAGCGUACAGUCGGAUAGAGGGAGCCAGAGCAGAAUUCACACCCAGUACUCUACGGCAUCCUGAGCUGCGAUGCGCUAAAUAUGUUCGCAACCUGGAAGCUGCUUUUGAGUCUGGCAGCCGGUAUUUCGAACUUUUGAAGACAGCAAAGGACCCCGUGCAUAAAUUGGAAUCAUCCUUAGAGACCCUGCGACAAACAGCGGCUCCAUUGGAGGCCAAAUCGCUGCUGGUGUGGAAUUUCCCAGCGGACAUGCCGCCUUACAAGGUCAUGGAUCGGUUUUGGCUUUACGAUAUCAAGCACUGCUUCAAACUAUAUUGGGACGUAGCAACAGGAAGGACUCUGACCUUCAUGGCUUUCAAUUCCGAGGAAGACUGCGUCAGCUUCAGUCGUAACUUCCAUGGCGUUUUUUUUCGUGACACUGACGACUGUAGGCUUUUAGUCGAAGCGCUCACCUGA